CUUUUAAUGGAUUUUUAAGGUUUUUCUGUUUUAGAAAUUAAUUGGCUUUUAGGGUCUUAGUUUUUUUAUUAAUUAAAAUAAGAAUUCUUAUUAGUUGUAAAAUGUAUCUAAAGGAAGGGUGUUCUUUGUUGUUAAAAGUCCAUAAACCUUUAAUUCCUUUUGUUUUAAACACAAACCCAAUUCUAAACCCUGGAAACAAACCACCCGAAUAUCAAGAAAUCAAAACCCCCAUCAAAGAAUCUGAUGUGGUGAUGAGGUUAAGAACUGAAACCGAUAUUGUACUGGCUUCUAAUUACUUCAGGUCAAUAGCCAAUUCAAAGGCUUUUCAACACACUCAAUUGACUUACCAAAUCAUGAUUGAAAAACUAGGUCGUGAAUGUGAUGUUGAUGGUGUUCAAUAUCUUUUACAGCAAAUGAAAUUAGAAGGAAUUAGCUGUAGCGAGGAUUUGUUUAUAAAUGUUAUAAAUACUUACCGGCGAGUCGGUUUAGCUGAGCAAGCAUUGAAAAUGUUUUAUAGGAUUAGGGAAUUUGGAUGCCAACCGACGGUUAAGAUAUAUAACCAUCUUUUGGAUGCAAUGCUUAGUGAAAAUAGGUUUCAAAUGAUUGAACCUAUAUAUAGUAAUAUGAAGAGAGAUGGGAAGGAACCAAAUGUUUAUACGUAUAACAUUCUUUUGAAAGCAUUGUGUAAGAAUAAUAGAGUGGAUGGAGCAUGCAAGUUGCUUGUGGAAAUGUCGAAUAAAGGGUGUGAGCCAGAUGUGGUUAGCUAUACUACUGUUAUAUCUUCAAUGUCUAAGCUUGGUAAGGUUGAGGAAGCAAGGGAGCUUUCCAUUAGAUUUCAACCAAAUGUAUCUGUUUACAAUGCUUUGAUUAAUGGGUUUUGUAGAGAGUACAAAGUAAAGGAGGUUUUUCUGCUGUUAGGCCAAAUGGUGGAGAAGGGAAUUGACCCUAAUGUCAUUACUUACUCAACUGUCAUCAGUUCUCUUUCAGGUAUAGGAAACGUUGAAUUGGCUCUUGCAGUUUGGGCGAAGAUGUUUGUUAGAGGUUGUAGCCCCAAUGUUUACACCUUUACUUCAUUGAUGAAGGGUUAUUUCAUGAGAGGGAGAGUGCUUGAAGCACUUAAUAUAUGGAACAGAAUGGCUGAAGAAGGAUUUGAGCCCAAUGUCGUUGCGUAUAAUACUCUAAUACAUGGUCUCUGCUCCCAUGGGAAAAUGGGAGAAGCUGUAUCCGUUUCCUCUAAAAUGGAGAGAAACGGCUGUUCGCCUAAUGUUUCGACUUAUGGUGCUCUCAUUGAUGGCUUUGCAAAAGCUGGUGACUUGGUCGGUGCAUCUGAGAUAUGGAACAAGAUGAUGACUAAUGGUUGUAUUCCUAAUGUUGUAGUGUAUACUAGCAUGGUGAAUGUCCUUUGCAGGAGUUCUAUGUUCAGUCAAGCGUGGUCUCUUAUAGAGAAAAUGUCAACUGAUAACUGUCCUCCAAAUACAGUUACAUUCAAUACAUUUAUCAAAGGUUUAUGUUGCAGUGGAAGAGUAGAAUGUGCUAUAAAUUUGUUCUGUCAAAUGGAGCAAUAUGGCUGUUCACCUAAUAUCAAAACAUAUAAUGAAGUAUUGGAUGGCCUUUUAAAGGAAAACCGAAUAAAAGAAGCUCUUGAACUUGUUACGGAGAUGGAAGAGAAGGGGAUGGAGCUGAAUUUAGUGACUUACAAUACCAUUUUUGGUGGAUUUUGCAAUGUCGGAAAGUUUGAAGAGGCUUUGAAGCUUCUGGGAAAAAUGCUGGUUGGAGGCGUGAAGCCUGAUGCCAUCACAUACAAUACUUUAACUUAUGCUUACUGUAUGCAAGGUAAGGUUAAGACUGCCAUCCAGCUUCUAGAUAAAUUAAGUGCAGGAGGAAAGUGGGUUCCAGAAGUUGCUGCAUACACCAGUCUCUUAUGGGGGAUCUGUAAUCAGAUUGGGGUAGAAGAAGCCGUUUUAUAUCUUGAUAAGAUGCUAAAUGAGGGUAUCUGCCUUAAUGCGGCAACAUGGAAUGCGUUGGUCCGGGGCUUGUUUAACAGCUUAGGUCAUCUGGGGCCAAUUCACAUUCUGGACGAUAUUCUGACUAGUGGUUGAGAUGAACCUAUUUGAAUGUUUCAGGGAAGUUCAAUAAACAAAUAUGUUGUCCAUCAACGGUGCACUUUAUUCUCACAUACACUAAACAGGUUUAUGGCUUGCGGGUACGCUUUUGGGUUUUGUUAGUCUCAAUUUCUUGUGGGUGCUUUGAGUUUAAGGAGAAGGCACAGAAGGCAACCGCAUGCAGUUUUUCUGUUUUCCUGUUAUCAGGCACAUGGCAAGUUCCUUAUUGAGAGUAUUACGUAACAAUUGUGAUUGUGGAGUGCCAUCCAUAUUAAGCCAAUAAUACACUGUUAACCACCCAAGUCAGGUUUUGUGCGUUGUGCAGGUGCAGGACAGCACACCUAGGCCGUUAACUGGGGCUGCUUUUAUACCUAUAAAAUCAAGUCUCCUUGAGCACUGGUUGCUAUAUCUCAAAUUCAUGAGGAGGAUUUAUAUGGUCCUGUCGAUGGACUAAUAGGCUAUCAGUUAAUGUAUUCCAAACACUGAAUAGCCGGUACUUGGAUUGAGGCAGAAUUAGCUUAAAAGAGAAGUUCUUUUGAUUCAGAUGAUAAUAACGGCGGAGCAGGACUUUUUCUUUUUGGCUGGUGUUGUAUGGCUAGCUUUUUUAUCCACAGUACAGAAAAAGAGGACAAUUAUCUGUUAUAAGCAUGAGAAAUAAAUUUUAUAAUUAGGAACCA